AUGCUUCUAUCACUUGGAGCGAAAGGUUAUCGUGCGUUACAGCCAAAUUCAUCGACGAAAUUAUAUCUGCCAAAAGUGAACAGAUCAAGCGGAGCUGUUAUAGAUAUGUGGAUUAAGGCCAAAGAACUAGAUGCCAACACAGAGUAUUACCUCGAGCUGUUAGGCAAGGGAAUUGGGAAACCAAAGGAAGAAAUUGAGAAAGACGUCCAACGUCCAAAAUAUUUCCAGGCGAAGGAGGCAAUUGAAUAUGGCAUUGCUGACAAGAUCAUCGAUUCAAGAGAUAUUGCAUUUGAAAAACGGAAUUAUGAUGAGAUGCUUGCACAAUCAAAAGCGAUGAGGAGAGCAGCAGGAGUAGGUCCCCAAGCAGCUCCCUCUGGGUUUAGUUAUAAAGCAAACCGAGCUGGUUUCCACUUCCUGUUCAAGUGGGCAUCAGAGUAA